GUGCUGCAAGGGCUGGCCAGAGAUUUGUGGACGGCGCUAGGGGAGCGUUAAAUUGAUCAGAUGCUCAUUGUAGCUCAACCUGCCAGCUGAUCAGAGGCACUCGCACGCGCUUCUCUCCCUCUCGGGUUCGGUUUCCCAGGCUGAUCUCGAAGGUGUAAAGCCCGCGGGAGGGUUAUCGGACUGUGAGAACCUAAAGCGAACAGGCAGGACAAGACUGCCGGGGUUAGGGUGCGGAGGACUGCGGGGUGGGGAUGGUUUGCGGUUCCGCUGCUGCGCCCAUCCUGGGAGAGGAGAACAUGCUAGGCUGUGAGAGACUCCGGUCGUUAUUGCCGUUUCCUCUGGAUUGAUGAUGCUACUUUCAAUGCCCGUAUGCUUCUCCCUCGGAUUUUAUUGCACCUGGAUUUUUUUACUAGCCCUGAAGUGUAGAUGAUGAUUGUGGCAGAGAUGGUGUCGCCCCAUCCGUGAAAAUAUCGAAUGCAACCACAUACUCGUAUUUACACGGUUCAACGUACGAAAAUUUAAAAGCGUCAAAUUCCGGAAAGCAAACCAGCUUUAAUCAACGAACAUCCACAAAUGUCACAGAGGUCCAUCUGCAGGGAAGCCCGGUGAUGUGUUUGUGUGCAAUCCGAGUGUAGGCGGCGGGAGGCAGAAUAUUGCCGUACUGUGUGAAACAUCGCGGAUGAUACACAAAUACAUUAAUAACUAAAGGUUUUCCUAUUUUUUUCUUUUCUAUUUUUAUCUCACAAAAAUACAAAGGAAGCAACUGUAAGCACAUCUACGAUGCCACAGUGAAAAGUGUUUUUUUUUUCAUUAAUUUUAUUUGGAUGAUUAUAUUUAUUUUAUUAAUGUACAGUCUAAGUUAUUUUCAUAACUAUGACUACAGUUAUUAUUUAAUACACCAAGGAACAAGCAAGUGGGCUUCGACCUGGCUUACCUAGAGGAAACGUUUUUGUAAAAAUAAAACGAAUGUGAAAUCCGCUUGGAAAAGACAGGACAUAUUUUUUUUCAAUUCAUAUAGUGGAAUAUGUUCGUUUUUGUUUUCAAGACAAAGCUGUUUUGAAAAGGAACUAUUAUGUUCUCAUAAGCGGACCAACAGUCAGCCAACCACAGGGCUUUGGUUUUCACGUCUAUCGGCUACUGUAUCUACACACCAAGAUUCGCUCUAUGGUCGUCUUGCGUUAUUUUGUAUUUACUGAAAGCGUCUGUCAUGAAGAUGUAGAAGAACAAAACCUUUGUAUGUUUAUCGUGUCCUGAAGUAGAUGGGGUGUAAUGUGGUGUGGUUGCAUUGAAAAUUCACCUCCUUCUCGGCUGCUUCGUAACGAUUGGCGUUUGGUGUCUAUAGAAUGGCGCGGUUUGGAGACGAAGUACCGGCCAGGUAUGGCGGGGGACCUGGCCAGGGGGGUCCCGGCCGAGGCGGCAGCAGGCAGGGCGGCCCGCCUGGAGCCCAAAGGAUGUACAAGCAAUCGAUGGCCCAGCGAGCCCGAACCAUGGCCCUCUACAACCCGAUACCCGUCCGUCAGAACUGCUUGACAGUCAACCGGUCCCUGUUUCUCUUCAGCGAAGACAACGUGGUGAGAAAAUACGCCAAAAAGAUCACCGAAUGGCCUCCUUUCGAGUACAUGAUCCUGACGACCAUCAUCGCUAACUGCAUCGUCCUGGCCCUGGAGCAGCACCUGCCCAACGAAGACAAGACGCCCAUGUCCGAGCGGCUGGAUGACACGGAGCCCUACUUCAUUGCCAUCUUCUGCUUUGAGACGGGCAUUAAGAUCCUGGCGCUCGGCUUCGCCUUCCACAAAGGCUCCUACCUGCGCAAUGGCUGGAACGUCAUGGACUUCGUAGUAGUGCUGACUGGGAUCUUAUCCAGGGUGGGCUCUGAAUUUGACCUGCGGACACUGCGAGCUGUCAGAGUGCUGAGACCCCUCAAACUGGUGUCGGGAAUCCCCAGCCUGCAGGUGGUGCUGAAGUCCAUCAUGAAGGCUAUGAUUCCGCUGCUGCAGAUCGGCCUGCUGCUCUUCUUCGCCAUCCUCAUGUUCGCCAUCAUCGGCCUGGAGUUCUACAUGGGCAAGUUCCACACCACCUGCUUCGACAUCACCACCAAGGAGAUGUAUGACGAGCAGCCCUGCGGGAAAGAUGAGUCAGCGAGGCUGUGCCCGAAUGGGACGGAGUGCAGGAAGUACUGGAUCGGCCCCAACUACGGAAUCACGCAGUUCGACAACAUCUUGUUCGCCGUGCUCACCGUCUUCCAGUGCAUCACCAUGGAGGGCUGGACCGAGCUGCUCUACUGGAGCAAUGAUGCCUCAGGGAGCGCCUGGAACUGGAUGUACUUCAUCCCCCUCAUCAUCGUCGGCUCCUUCUUCAUGCUGAACCUGGUGCUGGGUGUGCUGUCAGGGGAGUUUGCCAAAGAGAGGGAGCGCGUAGAGAACAGGAGUGAGUUCCUCAAACUGAGGCGGCAGCAGCAGAUCGAGAGAGAGCUGAAUGGAUACUUGGAGUGGAUCUGCAAAGCAGAGGAGGUGAUCUUAGCAGAGGACGAGAAUGACACUGGUGACCGGAUGCCCUUUGAUGGAUCUCGAAGGAGGCCCACCAUCAAGAAGAGCAAGACAGACCUACUGAAUCCAGAGGAGGGCGAGGACCACCUGGGGGACAUGGCUGUGGGCUCACCCUUCGCCCGGUCCAGCAUCAAGAGCGGCAAGGAGGGCACCAGCUUCAACAAGAAGGAGCGCCGGCUGCGCUUCUUCAUCCGCCACAUCGUCAAGACGCAGGCCUUCUACUGGACCGUGCUGAGCCUGGUGGGCCUCAACACCAUGUGCGUGGCCAUCGUGCACUACGACCAGCCCGAGCUGCUCUCCGACUUCCUCUUCUAUGCGGAGUUCAUCUUCCUGGGCCUCUUCAUGUCAGAGAUGAUGAUAAAGAUGUACGGUCUGGGGACGAGGCCUUACUUCCAUUCCUCUUUCAACUGCUUCGACUGCGCCGUCAUCAUGGGCAGUAUAUUCGAGGUCAUCUUGGCAGUGUUGAUACCAGGAACCUCCUUUGGGAUCAGUGUUUUACGAGCUCUCAGAUUGCUGAGGAUCUUCAAAGUGACCAAGUACUGGGCAUCCCUGAGGAACCUGGUGGUCUCUCUGCUCAACUCCAUGAAGUCCAUCAUCAGCUUGCUCUUCCUCCUCUUCCUCUUCAUCGUGGUCUUUGCACUGCUGGGCAUGCAGCUCUUUGGGGGCCAGUUCAAUUUUGAUGACGGAACACCCUCUACCAACUUUGAUACCUUUCCUGCAGCAAUAAUGACCGUGUUUCAGAUUCUGACCGGAGAGGACUGGAACAUGGUGAUGUACGACGGCAUUGAAUCUCAGGGCGGAGUGAACGAGGGCAUGGUCUUCUCCAUCUUCUUCAUCGUGCUCACACUCUUCGGGAACUAUACCUUGCUCAAUGUAUUCUUGGCCAUUGCUGUGGACAACCUGGCUAACGCACAAGAACUGACCAAGGAUGAGCAAGAGGAGGAGGAGGCCACUACUCAGAAGAUCGCUCUACAGAAAGCCAAGGAGGUGGCUGAGGUCAGCCCCCUGUCUGCGGCAAACCUCUCCAUCGCAGCUAAGGAACAGCAGAAGAAUCAGAAAGGCGCCAAGUCCGUGUGGGAGCAGCGCACCAGUGAGAUCCGUCGGCAGAACCUGAUGACCAGCCGGGAGGCGCUGUACAACGAACUGGACCCAGAUGACCACUGGAAGGUCUCCUAUUCGCGGCACAUGAAGACCCACCUGGACCGCCCCCUGGUGGUCGACCCGCAGGAGAACCGCAACAAUAACACCAACAAGACCCGCCCCAGCGAGGGCGGGAGCCAGGAGCAGCGGCUGAGCCAGCAGCGGGCCGAGGAGUUCCUGCGCAAGCAGGCGCGCUACCACGAGAGGGGGGGCGGGGGAGGGGGCGGCGGGGGAGGGGGCGGCCACGGCCGGCCCUACGAGAGGUCUGACUCCGCCGAGGUGCGCAGGAGCCGCAAGGAGCACGAGCUGGGCCACUACAACCUGAGCCACCGCUCGCUCACCCACCUGGACGGCAUCGAGGACGGGUGCAGGGACCCCGGCCGCCGGCACCAGCACCGGCCCUCUCCGGGCCGCGUCAGGGAGGGCCACAGCAUGUCCCCGCGCGGGGACGGGGGCCGCCCCGAGCACCGCCGGCCCCGCCAGCACCGCAGGCCCCCCGAGGACGAGGACGGGGGGCGGGGGAGCAGGCACAGGGGGCCCGGGGGAGAGGGUGGGAGCAGGGGCAGGGGACUGGACGGAGGCGGGGACUCUGAUUACAUGGACGAUGUGGACAGGAGGCAGAGGCGCCAUCGCCACGGCGCCCAGUCCACCUACGACAACGACGGAAGGAGGGACAGAGAGAGGGUCCGACAGCAUCGAGUCAGGAAAGAGGGCUCCGGGAACGGCCCCUCCCUGUCCACCACGAGGCCCAUCCAGCAGUGCCUUCCGCGGCAGGACAGCCAGCGCAGCGAGGACAUGGACAACGUGAAGAACAGCAAGCUGGCCACGCAGCCCCCGGCCUCCCGCACCCACGCCGACUCCAGCCCCCACCUCCAGGCCAACCACAGCCCUGCCUCGCUCUCCAGUCCCGCCAAGCCGCCCGGCCAGGCCGCCACCGACGCCAACAACGCCCUCAACCGCAAGGCCCCCGCCAGCAACCCCCAGACCCCCGGCGGAAACCCGGAGGGCAGCCUGAUCCUCACCAACCCAGCCUCCACCCCCAGUGUGCCCAGCAAGCCCAGUACCACCAAGCCUGACCACACUGCCGUGGAUAUGCCCCCAGUCUACCCCUCCAGCAACGCCAUCCUGCAGGUGAAUAAGAACGCCAACACAGAGCCUCCGCCCAAGAAGGACGAGGAGAAGAAAGAGGAGGAGGACGAUGAUAAAGGGGAUGAGAACGGCCGCAAACCCAUGCCCCCCUACAGCUCCAUGUUCAUACUGUCCACCACCAACCCGUUUCGGAGGUUGUGUCACUACAUAGUGACGCUGCGCUACUUCGAGAUGUGCAUCCUACUGGUCAUCGCCAUGAGCAGUAUCGCCCUGGCUGCCGAGGACCCCGUCCAACCCGACUCCCCCCGGAACAAUGUGCUGAGGUACUUCGACUAUGUCUUCACUGGAGUGUUCACCUUUGAGAUGCUGAUGAAGAUGGUGGACCUAGGUCUGGUCUUGCACCAAGGCGCCUAUUUCCGAGACCUGUGGAACAUCCUGGACUUUAUAGUGGUUAGUGGUGCCCUGGUGGCCUUCGCCUUCACGAGCAGCACCCGGGGGAGCAGUAAGGGGAAAGACAUCAGUACCAUCAAGUCCCUGCGAGUGCUGAGGGUGCUGCGUCCACUGAAGACCAUCAAGCGCCUGCCCAAGCUCAAGGCUGUGUUUGACUGCGUGGUGAACUCUCUGAAAAACGUCCUCAACAUCCUGAUUGUCUACAUGCUCUUCAUGUUCAUCUUCGCUGUGGUGGCCGUGCAGCUGUUCAAGGGACGCUUCUUCUACUGCACUGACGAGUCCAAGGAGUUUGAUCGCGACUGCAGGGGCGAGUAUCUGCUUUACGAGCGCGAUGGUGAGGUGAAGGCACAGAAGCGGGAGUGGAAGAAGUACGAUUUCCACUAUGACAACCUUUUUUCAGCCCUGCUCACUCUCUUCACCGUGUCUACUGGAGAAGGGUGGCCGCAGGUGCUGAAACAUUCGGUGGACGCUACUUACGAGAACCAGGGCCCAAGCCCAGGGUAUCGGAUGGGGAUGUCCAUCUACUACGUGGUGUAUUUCGUGGUCUUCCCCUUCUUCUUUGUCAACAUUUUCGUGGCUCUCAUCAUCAUCACAUUCCAGGAACAGGGGGACAAAAUGAUGGAGGACUACAGUCUGGAAAAGAAUGAGAGAGCCUGUAUAGACUAUGCAAUCAAUGCCAAACCUCUGACGCGCCAUAUGCCCCAGAACAAGCUGAGCUUCCAGUACCGCAUGUGGCAGUUUGUGGUGUCUCCGCCCUUCGAGUACACCAUCAUGGCCAUGAUCGCGCUCAACACCAUCGUCCUCAUGAUGAAGUAUGAUGGAGCCUCCCAAGCUUAUGAGGACGUACUGAAGAAUCUGAACAUUGUAUUCACCUCGCUUUUCUCCAUGGAGUGUGUGCUGAAGAUUAUUGCCUUCGGAAUUCUGAAUUAUUUCAGAGACGCAUGGAAUAUUUUUGAUUUUGUGACAGUCCUCGGGAGCAUCACGGACAUUUUAGUGACAGAGCUGGGGAACAACUUCAUCAACCUGAGUUUCUUGCGGCUCUUCAGAGCUGCACGUCUCAUCAAGCUUCUCAGACAGGGCGAGACCAUCCGCAUCCUGCUGUGGACCUUCGUACAGUCCUUCAAGGCUUUGCCCUACGUGUGCUUGCUGAUUGCCAUGCUGUUCUUCAUCUACGCCAUCAUCGGGAUGCAGCUGUUUGGGAACCUGGCCAUCGACGAGGAAUCUGAAAGUGCCAUCAGCCAGCACAACAACUUCAGAACCUUCGUAAUGGCCCUGAUGUUGCUCUUCAGGAGUGCAACAGGAGAGGCGUGGCAGGAAAUUAUGCUCUCAUGUCUGGGAGGGCAGAAGUGUGACCCUCGCUCUGGAAACACUGCGCCAGAGUGCGGCAGCGAGUUCGCCUACGCCUACUUUGUCUCCUUCAUCUUCUUCUGUUCUUUUCUGAUGCUGAACCUCUUUGUGGCUGUCAUCAUGGACAACUUUGAGUACCUGACGCGAGACUCCUCCAUCCUGGGGCCUCACCAUCUAGACGAGUAUGUCAGAAUUUGGGCAGAGUAUGACCCUGCGGCGUGCGGGCGCAUUCAUUAUAAGGAUAUGUACAGUUUAUUGCGAGUAAUCUCCCCCCCUCUGGGCUUAGGCAAGAAAUGUCCCCAUAGGGUGGCAUGCAAGAGAUUGCUGCGGAUGGAUUUGCCGGUUGCUGAUGACAACACGGUUCAUUUCAACUCCACCCUCAUGGCCUUAAUCCGCACUGCACUGGACAUCAAGAUUGCCAAGGGAGGUGCAGACAAGCAUCAGAUGGAUGCAGAGCUGCGGAAAGAGAUGAUGGCGAUUUGGCCCAAUCUCUCCCAGAAGACCCUGGACCUACUGGUCACUCCACACAAGGCAGCUACAGACCUGACGGUGGGGAAGAUCUAUGCUGCCAUGAUGAUCAUGGAGUAUUACCGGCAGAGCAAAGCCAAAAAGCUUCAGGCUCUGCGGGAGGAGCAGAAUCGAACGCCAUUAAUGUUUCAGCGCAUGGAACCACCUUCUCCGGCCCAGGACGGUGGGCAGGGAGUCAACAGCCUCCCAGAGACACAACAGGAACCCAUCAGUGACCUGCCACUGGAAGGGGGGAUGACAGAGAGCCAGUCGUGGGUGACAGCACGGGCGCAGGAGAUGUUCCAGAAGACGGGCAGCUGGAGUCCAGAGAGGCCACACCCAGAUGACCUGCAUGACAACAGGCAUAACCCACAGACGGUAGAGAUGAGAGAGAUGGGGCGGGACGGUUACUCCGACAGUGAGCGCUAUCUCCCAAUGGAAGCGCAUGGGAGGGCCGUCUCCAUGCCCCGGCUUCCAGCAGAAAACCAAACUAUCACAGACACCAGUCCCCUGCGGCGGUCGUCCUCCUCCCUGGUCCACGGGCGCUCUGGGACGGGCGUGCGCCUGGAGGACUACUCCCUGGAGAGGGUGAUCCCGGAGGAGGGCCAGCGGCACCACCGCCGCCGCGAGCGCAGCCACCGUGCCUCCGAGAGGUCGCUGAGCCGCUAUACCGACGCCGACACAGGGCUCGGUACAGAUCUCAGCACCACAACGCAGUCAGGUGACCUACCGCCCAGGGACAAAGACCGCGACCGGGAGCGGGGGCGGGCCAAGGACAGGAGGCACCACCACCAUCACCACCACCACCACGGCUCCGUGGACAAGGAGCGCUACGGGCCCGACAGGGGCGAGUACGGCCACCGGCCCCACGACAGGGACCGUCACUGGUCCCGCUCCCCCAGCGAGGGACGAGACUGCAGGACACACAGACAGGGCAGUAGUUCAGUGAGUGCGAGCCCGGUUCCCUCGACCUCCGGCACCAGCACCCCACGCCGCGGCCGGCGCCAGCUGCCCCAGACCCCCUCCACGCCCAGGCCCCACGUCGCCUACUCCCCAGCACUCCGUAAGGCCGUCAACGCCCCUCCCGGCCAGCAGGGGAGGCUGGCCUCGCCCAGUCCUCGCCGCUUCUCCCCCCCAGGCCACGAGCCCCACCACCACCACCAUCACCACCACCACCCUCCCUCCCACCACGGCUCCCCCCGCUCCGCCCGCCACGGUCGCUGGGCGCCCCCUCCCGACCCUCUGGAGGGCGACGUCUACGACCAGGACUACGAGUACGACCGCCAGGAGCCGCCGGCCUACGACCAGAGCUUUCACCAGGGCAACCCGCACCCGCACCCCCGCUCGCCCAGGACUUCCCGCAACGCCGCCCCUCCCCAGGUUCAGCCGCCGCCCCGCCGCCUGCCCAACGGCUACCGCUCGUCCUCGCCCUCCCCCCACCGGCGGGGCCCCAACCCCGGGCCUCACAGGCCCCCGCAUCCGAGGGGACCCAGAAAGGGGCUGCACGAACCCUACAGCGAGACGGACGAAGACGACUGGUGCUAACCUCUGCGAAUCCGGGGCGGGGACGGGGCGCGACACUGCUCUGUUCCCUCGACGGAAAAACUACGGGGGAGGGGCCGAGGAAGAGAAGGACGCUGGCAUCUCUGUGCCCGCUCCGCGAGCACGUGUGAGACUCAACGCGGCCCAGGAGCAGCGCGAGGGACAUGUGCCGGUGUAGGGAGAGAGGAGGAAAUCGUGGGGACGAAAGGGACAACUGUGGGAAGCUGGCGACGAGGUGGUGCCACUCUGGAAACGUGUAGAGAGGGCAAGCCGGCACAGAGCUGGCACAGAGUGCUGGGUGCCACCAGCUAGUUGUCUGGAAGCGAGUUCAUGUAAGAGGCAGGAUUUUCCCAAUUUAUUUCACUUACUCCAAUGCCCACACACUAGCAUUCAUCCAUUAUUCAUGUUUAAUUUAAAGGACCAUGCGCUGGUUGUUCAACAAUGAAAUGAACUUCAACAUGGGUAUAGUGAUUAAGAAGGACCAUAUAUUAGAAAGGGCAAAAAAUAUAACUGGCUCUAAACAUAGACAUAAAGUCCAAAACAUGUGCAUAGAGAUGUUUACAAACACAAUGAAUUCAUAAAAAAUAAAGUACCAAGUCAGUCAUUAAAAAAAAGCCAAAGCUAUGUGAUCAAUACAGGUACAUACUCUGUACAAUAGCAGUGCAUCAGUAAGCAAAUACAUUCUGUUGUUUUCAAGACAUGUGAGAUUCUAAUUUAUUAAUGAAGACAUGGAUUUUUAACAAAAGCACUCAAGCACCAUCUUUAACUGUUUCUUUUUUAUGGCAGAACAGUCUACUGCUCUAAAAUGCCUAGAAUGUGUUUCUGUCCUUUUUGAUAUGUAGUCGAAACAAACUCCAUUCAGUCCUCUGCUUAUUCAGCACUUAUUACACCAGCUUAUUCAUUGAAAUUCAUAAAAGUACUUCAUAAAACAUCUGUUCCGUCUCCUGGUACUGAACUGUCUUUCGAACAAUCAGAGUUAUUGUUUCACCCAAUUAACAAUCAGCCAAUUCAUAACUAUGGCACUAUUUUCCAUGUUCAUCCAAUCACAGUGCUCUUGGUGGAUGUACCACACUGCCCUGGGAAUGCCAGGCAUUAACUUCUAACCUCAUAUGACUUCACUUCCAGACCACUGGACUGCAGAAUUCAGCUUUCAUUCAAGGUUUGGUGGUUCAGUAUGUAACAGGCUAGCGAAUAGAUGGGAGCCCACCUCUCACCGUUACAAAGGAAACAAGUUUAAGAAAAACCUUUUAGUUAAAUGUCGCACUAUGCCUUCCAAAACAAGCAGCGACAAAAAAAGAAAAAAAAAGUGAAGCGUUUGGGGAAAAAAAAAAUUUAGAAAAUAAAAGGGAGAAUGAGCACUCCACUUUUCAGGGCAGACCGGAGCUCCAACCACUGCAAAAACCAACCCAGCCCUGCUGCUGGGUAAUAUUGAUGAGUUUUAUCAUCUGUGUUUACCGUCCGUAGUACAAAUUCUGACACUGACCUCACCGCCUGUCUGUGGGCAGGCAGGAUGAGAGAGGGCGGGGCAGCUGGGAGGCUAUCAGACUCUGUGGAGGUGGGGGGAGGGUGGGGCAGAGGGUGUGGUGCCUCCAACUUCCCCCCCCCAGCCCAC